UCAAAUGAGAAAAUUUCACUCGGGUGAUCUCAUUGGUCAACUGUCUUUCGAUGACUAGCGAAUCAGAUUUGUGCGUCAAUAGUACUUUCAAGAAACGCUCUCACUUCGCUAGCUAGCACCCUAAAAUGGCUUGCUUGGAAAGUAGCUAGCUAGGGUCAAAAUCAUACAAAGUUAGCAGCAGAAGAGCGUUAUUUUCACCCCGGAAGUUUACUCUGACAUUUAGCUAUUCAAAACGGGGAUUUAAAGCCGCCCUCCAUAUUUAACUAGCGUCUAGAGAUACCUAAAGUUACGUUAGCCAAGUACAGUAAACAAACAAGGGACUGAACUCACAGCACAGCCAUGGCAGAUGAAAGCACAACGUUCUGUGCCAAUUGUCAGCAUGACAUUCCAGAGGCUAAUUUCACUACUCAUGAGAUUCACUGUUGCCAGAACAUUGCUCUGUGUGAGGUGUGCCAAGAGCCAGUGCCCCGUUCAGAUCUUAAGCAGCACAAGGAGCAGGAGCAUAUGCAGGUGAAAUGUAAGUGUGGUUUAAAGGUUGAGAAAAGCCGUAUCGAAUCCCACCAGAGCUCUGACUGCAAUCAGCGGAUGGUGCCGUGUCAGUACUGUGACCUGGAGCUGGUUUUCAGUCAGUCUAAGGAGCAUGAGGAUUAUUGUGGUACGCGCACAGAGCCCUGUCCAUUCUGCAUGUGCAAUGUAAUGUUGAGGGAGCAGGCUGUCCACCCAGCCUGGUGUGGUAGCCUCACGCCUCCUCAAGAGAGGAACAACAGCCGGGCAAGUCACAGCCCAGCAGAACCCCAGUCCCCAGGAGCCUGGUUUGAAGCCUACUCCAUCCGUAACCUGUUGAGGGCCAAGGAGGGAGGAGGCCACAAGAACAACAACGCCAUUUCAUCUGACCGCAGGGCCCUACCACGGCCCCUGGAGGCCAGAGUGCACAACAGCACCCGGGGGCAAGUGGGCCUGGGAGGAAGGGGGGACAUUGCCCUGAGGAAUACAGACUUCAGCCACUUGCUGGAACAGGAAGCAUCAGUGGUGGGCAACAACAAUUACAGCAUGGCAUCAUUGGUAUGGCCUACAGGCCAAUCACUGGGAGAGGACUCUGCCAACCUGGACUACCUGCUGGCCCUCAGCCUGCAGAGUGAUGGGGACACUGGGGAUCUAGGGGGAGGAGAGGGGGCCUUGUGGACAGAUGUCUGGGACCACAAACUUGGAAGGAUGUCCAACACCGGCUCCCUCAUCUCUCCCAUCUCUCCCCCGAACAACUACCAACAUAUCACCACAGGCACCAAUACAGACCUUGACCAGACAGACACCAUGUUGCCCUGUGAAUUCUGUGAGGAUCUGUUUCCUGAAGUGGACCUCAUUUUACACCAGACUGGCUGUAGUCCAGCCUCAGCCUUUGCAUCUUUCAGCAAGCGUCCUCCAUCUCCACGCUAUGAUGACAGGAUUGCUAGGGGUGCUGUUGGUCUUCUGCACAUUCCACCUGACACCCCUAGCUUCCCCACUGUGCCCCGUUCAGUCUCCCCGCUCUCCUACAGUUCACCUGCCAGUCCACUAGAGGGGGACGUGGUCAUUCCCUGUGAGUUCUGUGGAGUGGCCUUGGCGGAGGCCGUUGUCUUUUACCACCAGAGCAUGACACUUUUUUUACAGGAUAAGUGUGACCUCCGACCCUGCUCUGUUCACUCAGUGGAUAAGGUCAGCAAAGUGUCCUUUCAGAAACCAUCUCUUCCUCCAAAAGAGAGCUGCGGACAGAACUCCCCUGAGGUGCAGAGGAGACUCAAGCACCAAUUGGACUCCUUGAGUGGGCUGGACAGAGAGAGGCCCCCGGUGCGAAGCCCAAACGAAUGGCAGAGAGACCACAGUGGGCUGCCCAUUACAGGGAAGAUCUCAAACUGUGAUCCCCAGGUGAAGAACAGACUCCAGCAUGGCAGAGAGGCAGAUGGGGGCCACUCACUUUUCAGUGAAGGCCACAAAUCCAACUCUGCAGCAGAUGUGGGACCACCCCUAAGAGAAAAUAAUGGGGGAAGAAGGAAUAAGUUACUAAGGAAUGCAGGGCCAUCAAAGGUGCCUAAGAAGCUAAACAAAGAACAGGACGAGGAAUGAGGUCGAGACUGUCGAUGGAAAGAGCAGCAGGCAAUCACCAAAUGCUUUUGUGUGAGCUGUGGUCUGUCACUCUAAAAGUGGUGUUCCUGGCUGACAACAUUGAAGACACCUCUGAGGUCUCACCAUGCUUAAGUUGGUGUUUAACACUGAUGCCCAACUGCGCAGCAGAUUACGUGGUGCGCAACCAGUGGUUGAUAAAAUCCAAUAUAGUUGGCCUGGAACAGGACCAGUCUCUUUAUUGCCUGUGUGUGUGUCGGUAUGUAUCAGUCGCUCUACCUUUUAAAAAAAAGAAUAAGUAUAAACAGUCGAACUGACAUUUUUGUGAUUCCAAUAUUUUGUUAUAACUUUAAGCUUCUUAUUGUAAUCCUUUGUUUUAAACUUUUAAUAUAAAUUGUAUAGAAUUGAAAACCCACCUUAAUAUACUCUUGAAAAAACAAUGUAAAAAAUAUAAAAUGUAUAUGUAAGACAUUUUGAAGCGCCACAAAGUAAUUGUACUGUUCUCUGAAUAAUGGAAAAUCAAUGACAAAUAAAUGCAUUAUCUAAGCAUUAUUUGUAUUUCGGACUGCACCUAUACGUAAAAAAAAAAUGCUUUGUCAUCUUCAUACUUUUAAUAAAUCCUAGUAUUGAUGCA